AUGGAAAGAAACUCUAGUUAAUCAAGUGAAAAAAUAAAAUAAUAAAAUAAAAAUCAAUCACAAUAAAAUUAAAUUCAAGAUGAACCUAAAUUGAGCUCAUUCUUUUCAUUUACUGUAUAAAAAUGGUUGUAAAUAUUUUUUGUCACAUUAAUCACUUUAGGACCAUUUAUAUGUUCAUAUGGUAUUAGCAGUGUUAAAGAAGGUUUUAAAGAAUAAUUUAAUUUAAAUGAUUUAUAAUACAAUACGAUGCAGUCAUCUAUUACAUUUGUUACUUGUGCUUUUUCACUUUUUUGCGGUGUCCUUACCGACAAGAUUGGACUAAGAAAAUCUCUUUUAGCGUUUUCAGUAUUAUGCUUAUGUGGAUAUACAAUAUAAUUUGUAGGAAUCUAUUUACAAAAUUUUUAUGUUCAAUGCAUAGGCUAGACUAUAGGAUAUAUAAAUCUAAAUGGACUUACAGUUAUAUAAGGUCCUUUAAUUAGUAGGUGGGUAGAUAAAAAGCAAUAUGGAUUUUGUUUAUCAAUCACGUUUUUGAGUGUUAGAUUUGCUGAUGUUAUUUCCUCAUGGACAUAUCCUCCAAUCUAUGAAAAUACAGGUCAUCUAUAUCUAUCUUUUUUAUUAGGAGUAAUUUUAUUAGCAUCAACUUUACUCAUAGGAUCAAUAAGCUCUUUUGUCAUGGAUUUGAAAGCUGAGAAAAGAGGAUAACUAUAACAAGUCACAAUUUCGGAUAUUAAUAUAAAACAUGCUAAGUACUUAAACUUUAAUUACGUAAUUGUAGUGUUGAUUGGAGUACUUGGAUUGUCUAGCUUCUAUGCUUAUUAUUUUAAUUCUCAAACUAUUCUUAAAAAAUAUUAUCAUAUUGAUGGAAUUACUUCUGGAAGAUUAUUUUCAAUACCCUUUUUUGUAUCAUUUAGUUCUCCUAUAUUUGGCUUUGUUUUAGAUAAAAUUAAAUCCAAAGCCUCUUUCUUAAUCUUUUCAGCAUCACAAAUAGUUUUGGGAUAUACAAUAUGGAUUUUAUUUUACGAUUGUUAAAAAGAAGAAUGCUACAAAAUCGUUAUUCCUGCUUAUAUUUUCUUAGGUAUCUUUCUCUCAACAUUUACAAACGCUGUUUGGUAUUGUGUUUUCCUUACCACGCCAUCUAAAGUAUCAGGAACAGCUUAUGGUCUAUUGGUAUCUUCUAAAAAUCUAGGAAUUGCUUUAUUUGGGAUGCUUGAAGGCUAUAUAUUGGAUUAGCACUCUGUAUUUUGGGCUAUUAUGCAUCCUUUAAUAUUAAGUGCUUUGGCAUUGAUAAUUUCUACUCUAAUUUUUAUCAAAAAUAAAAAAGAAUAAUUUUUAAAUUUCGAUUUUAAAUCACAACUUGAAAUUAAUAUGGCGCUAAUUUAAUUAGAGAUUAAUAGCUCAUAAUCAAGUGAUAAUUAACUAUCUUAACUAAAUUGA